CCGUGGAUGGCUGGACCAAUACUGGUGGGUCUGAGAGACCCUUUGCUGGCCUGACCAGAGCUGCCUUUAGCUCUUCACCCAUGGCAGGGCACAUCAAGUACCACCUGGGCAGCAGGCGCCAAGGGGAGCCGGCCUCAGGCACCAGGAAGGUGCUGCAGUUUGACCUGGACGAAUCAAGCGCCUCUGAGGGAGGGGAGGAAUCCUGGCUGCUCCCUGGUUUUGGCCGUUCCACUCUUCAGCAGCUGAAGGAGGAGGUGCUGGGGACGAGGGCUGGUAUGGAUGGCUUCAAGGAGUUUCUCCAUGGCACCCUGGGGAUCCAUCUCCUUCACUUCUGGAUGGACUGUGAGGAUGUUAUGGAGCGCACCAAGUGCUUAGAGGCCAAUGCUGCCCACCGGGAGGCCCAGCUCCUCUAUGUCAGCCUCUGUCGGAACAUUCAAGACACAUACAAGCUGAGUCUGUCUCUGGCCUCCCAGGAGCCGAAGUGCGAGGCUCAGGGCAGCGUCGAGGCGACUUUCACUGCCUUCAGCAGGAGCCAGUACGAUGCUCUGAGACGCCUGCGUGCCUACUGGGUUCCCAGGUUUCUCCUCCACCACCAGAGAACCAGACACCUCAGUGCUGAACCCACCUCAGGCUCCCAGACCAAGCCUAGGCCGCCCGUGGCUACUGACUUCCUGCCUUCGCUCAAGGUAUUUGCAUUGCUUCCUGUUGUGGGUGACGGAUGCAUGAACUGCACGAAUAGAAGCGCAGACUGGUUCAGCCUUCCGCGCUCCGGUGCAAGCUGGCGAGGGAGGAUUGCAUCAGCUCGGCAGCCAGACCUCCCAUGGAAUCUCCCUGACACACUGCUGACCUCCCAUCUCCUCCAAGCAUUAAUGUGUGAUCCUGGGGCUGGGGGGAGCUUUCUUCACUACCUGACCAGGUUUGAGGAUGCUCAGAAGGUCCAUAACUUCCAGCUGUGGCUAGCGCUGGAGGAGCACCAGGCCACGUGGGAGUGGCAGACAGACUGGCUCCAGCCCCACUGCUCAGACUGGCAGAUCUUCCACAUGUAUUUGGUGCACGGUGCGCCAUAUGAUGUCGGACUCAGCUCCGAUAUGCCACAUUACAUCCAGCAGCUCCAGGAGAUGCUCAGCUCCAGCAACCAACCUCUGGAGCCUUUGGCCUUGGAGCCAGUGGCUCAGCAUGUGCUCGCUGUUCUCUGUGAGGCCUGGCUCCACUACCUCUGCCAUGAGAUAGCCACCUUCCUGGAGUACUGCGUCCCAGCCUCUUACUUGGAAGUGCAGGAUGUCAGGAGCAAAGAUAGUAGAAUAAAGCAGAGAAGAGACAGGGCCAGGAAGAGGAAGGAAAAUACCAGCUUUCAUGCCCAGGAAGGCAGAGAACAGCAGAGGAGGUGGGGGAAGAAAGCAGCAGCCAAGCCCCAGGGCUCAAGCCAUGCUGGCCUGGCAAGCGGGGAAGGGUCAGUGACACCCCAGCGUGCCCUGGAACUGCUCAGCAACAAGGUGGUUUUCAAAGCCUAUAGAAAGGCAGCUCAGGAAAUGCAAGAUGCAGGGCUCCAGAGAGUGCUAGGGCUAUUGGAGAAGCUGGAGCAGUGCCGGGCAGCUCCAGAGGGCAGGAAACGGCUGAGCUGUAUGCUGAAGCUCCUGGACCUCUGGGAAGGGGCUGGGCCGCUGGGACCUCACCUCCCCAGGGAGCUGAGGAAGAGACUGAGGGCAGAGGUGGGCCAGGGAGUAGUAAGUGACUCUAAUGUGGAAGAAAUCCAAGCUGCCUUGUAUGCACACAUUGCUCCGGCCUUUGAGAGCUUUUGGGCUGAGGUGAGCAAGGGGCUGAACAGACAUGGAGUACAGCCUUCCCGGAUCCAAGAUGAGGGCUGGCCCAAGCUUCAGCCGCUCCUGCAUUUGCUGGCUGCCAAGGUGGCCCUCAAGCGUCUUAGGACCAGGAAAGCUGCCGGGGGGCUAGCAGCUACAGCCCAGCCCAGCCAGGAAGACAAGGCCUCCUUCUGCCAAUUCCUCAGGGCUGCUGCCGAAGGCUGGCCCACCCUGGAGAGGCUGCAUUUCCUCAAACACCUGCAGGUCCAUGGCCCCCCUGUGCUGGAGCACAGCCUGCACUUCCAGCUGGAGGUGCAGAAGUUCAAGAACGCCCAUCAUGCCAUGUCAGACAGGGCUCUCCUGAGGAAGAAGGUGCAGGUGAUCCACAACUGCUUCCUUGUCUCCCAGCUGGAGCCCCGGCUGCAGGUGGUGAUGGAUGCUGAGAAGCUGGGGAGAGCUAUCUGGGCAGCCGAGCAGGCCCUCCAGCAGGAUGCCCCAACACCGCCUCCCAGCCUGUUCGAUGAGCUGAGGGACUCUGUCUUCAGCACCCUACUGCCGUACUGGGCUGGGUUCCGAAAGGCCUGGCUGAAGCGGUCACUUGAGAGUGUCCAGAGAGCCCCAGUGCUGAGAGCCCAGCAGCUCCUACAGCAGAGACGGGCCCUGUUUGAGCGGUUCCAGGGCCCAUCACAACCAUUCCAGCUGUCUCCUCUGCAACAGCGCGCAAACGUGAAGGGGAGCAAGCAGCAGGGCGGCUUCACUUACACCUUCUCCAUCAGCAGGGGUAUUGCCCUGAAGGCCUCCAGCAGAGAAGAUACGGGCAACCGCACUUCUGUGUUUGGAAAUGGCAAGAGGUCAGCACGAGUUCAGCUUCCUCCCCUUCCCGAGGUACCGGUGCUGCUCUGACCAGGACAGAAAGCGCUCUAGCCUACAGCACCCAAUGCAGAGCCAUAACACUGGCACAUGAGUGGCAGCUAGAGGUAGCCGGUGUGCUGCAAAAUCAAGCUCUGAGCUGUUUUUAAACACAGGGAAGGCAAACAGACAACAGCUGGGAGACACAUCUGGGAACAGUGACCCUAUGCUGUAUGGUGGCAUGGUAAAGCAAGGCUUGGGCACCCCUCUGGAAGUUCAAGGUUCUAUUGGCACCGAGAGAAAACUGGGAGUCUUGGCCUAAGUCCCUCUCUCAUUAAGGAGGGUUUCAAUUACCCAGACUGGACAAAAGCUCUUGCUGAACCCAGAAGAGCAGAGGCAGCUGCCCGCAUUCUCAGUGCUGCUGAAGUAGCUGAAUUAGUGCACUGGGGAGCAUGACAGGCACCAGAUCUGCUCUCUCUCCACAAAAAGGCCAACGCCUCCCCCGCCAGCAUUUCCAUCUCCUGCUCAAAGGACCAGGUUAACAUCAAUCACAUGACAGUGAAAAGCCCUUGUAAGAAGAGUCUUGUAGAGUGGCUGGGAGCUGAGAUCACAGUGGGCUAUCUGUGUGAUGUUAAGCCUCAUAUGUAGUUUCCAGGUCUGAGAGCUGCAGCCACCAGGGCAAUUCCAGCCUAAGCUUUGAGACAGACAUGGGUGGGCUGCUUAUCUGACAUAAUAGGUCAGUCCAGUAUUCUCAUUCAGACCCUCCCCUCUCUGCCUCCAGUUUGGAGGCAGCUGGGCGGAACAAGGUGCUUGCUCUUCCUCCCUCCCAGACUCAACAGCCCACCCCCACUUUUAAAGCACACAUGAUAGUAAAGAGAAGGAAAGGCAGCCCUUUGCCCAGAGCAGGGUCAUGCGCCAGGUGCAGCAGGGCGGGGCUGGAGAGUUUGUUAACCAGGGGUGGAGUUCAAAGGAUGUGAUGUCACAGCUCACGCUACAGCUAUGCAUUUGGCUCUUAUUUUAUGGCACUAGCCUGUGUCCCUAUUAAGAAUGACUGAGUUGAUCAUCAGGUGAGGGACUGAGUUCCAGGCCCACAGGAGCCGCUCUACAAACUCAAGGCUCUUGGGCCAAAGUGGGGUAGCGGCCAGUGCCAGAGGAUGGUGCGACAGUGCUGGCAGCUGGGCAGUGCUGGCUGUGGGGCUGAGGGAUUCCACCACUGCCUGCAUGGCGGUCAGCUCAGAUCCUGACAUGGGACAUUCACUCACGCUUUGCCUGCUGCAGCCUCAUGCUCUGUAGCGAUGACCUCCUGGCUAGCCUUAACCACUGAAAUUCUUUCCACCGAAUGCAUCCGAUGAAGUGAGCUGUAGCUCACGAAAGCUUAUGCUCAAAUAAAUUUGUUAGUCUCUAA